AUGGCCACGUAUGUGGACAUCCAUACCAAGUUCUUCCUCGCUUUGGUAGACGACUUCUGCGUGGCUUCAGGCAUGAGCUUGAACAAGGAUAAAACUGUGGUCCUUCCCUUUCAACCGUGGACAGCUGAAACUGAGCCAUUGCGCCAAGCCUUAGUCGAUCUUGGGAUGAUUGUAGUCGGGAACACAGGACGCACCAAGCUACUUGGAAGCUUCUACGGCCCAAACCUCAGCGACGCCGACCGACUACAACACUUGCUCUUCGAGAUGAAGACCAGGUGUUCACUCUGGCUGCACCGAGCCCGAACUUUGAGAGGGCAAGUGGUGAUACUGCAGCAGGUCAUUCUGCCUGUUCUGUGGUACACAGCCAGUGUCUGCCAUAUCCCCCAGACCGGAUUCCAAAACCAGCUUCUCCAGCUAAUAUCGCGCUUCAUCUGUCGUUUCAGGUCUUCCAACGCUCCGCCCAGAGCCUGGUGGUUCCUUCCUCCACACAACGGUGGAUUGAACAUUACGCCCAUUUGCGACAUGAUUAAGAGUCUGCAGCUGCACAUGCUCUGCAAGGUGAUUCUUGCUGAGAGAAUCCCUCCAGCAACGGCCAUUCCUUCUUGGGUGGAACCGGUUAUUCGUCUCUUUGACCUAGCUGUAGCCCCCUGGGGACGGGACUUCGAUAUCCUGUACGCGCCUGUGUCUACCAGUCCGGACUACGUGAUCUCCCGUCGAUCUCCCCGCUGGACUGCUCUCGGGGCCUACUGGCACUUCGUGCUCUUCACUUGGAAUACCCACUUUCGCGGGAAAGCCGCUCGACUCCAAGUCAAGUUUGACAAGAUGACGACACCUCUGCUGGAUAACGCGGAUAUCGCCUACAGCUACCGAGGUAGUACCCUGGCUGGAACGUCUCGUCCACUGGGGUUAAUCGCCAUCCUGGCAGAACAAGGUAUCCUUCGACCCCUGGAGCUUUUCCGCGCCUGUGAAACCCCUGUGACGGCUGAGACGCUAUCGUUAUAUCUUAGCCAAUUCGUCACGGGGAGGAUCUCCAGUGUGCGAUCCUGCGCCAGCUUUCCGGAUAAGGCAGGUGGUCUAUUGGGUUUGCUUACGAUACCCCCAAUUGGCCCUAGCCAGACGGUGCGAUACUACGCUGCGUCUCAUACGUGGGUGUUUGACACCUACGAAGUGGCGGAACUUAGCGUUGCUCGUAUCCGGAACACCCUAGUCACCGCUCCAACCCCCGAUCUCCCCCUUUUCCGCCUAGGUGUCGAAAGAGGGCCUCCGCAAUCGAUGUGGAUACGUGACAUCAAGAUGGGGAAGCACGUCCUGCCCGUCUAUUCGGAUCUUCUGUAUCGGCUUCAACACAACGCUCUCUUCUUCGGCUACCGGCUUCAGCAUAUUCAAGAAGCACAGCGCUUGUGCCAUCAUGACUGUGGAGUGCUGGAGACCGCGCCCCAUCUCUUUUGGUACUGCGACUUCGCCGCGCGAGUGUGGAACGACUGGAUUCCCACGUUCCAACGCCUCUUCACGUCUUCACUAGAGUGGGAAUCACUCCUCUGGUUCAAGAUCACGCCUACGCCCUCUGCCAAGACCAGUAUGGCUACAGCCUCUUUGUGA